CUUCGUCAUCUACAGAAUAUCGCCGGCUCCAAUAAACGGCGUCAGCUAAGGAUUUCACCGUUUACCGUUCACCUCUCGAGAACUCUUCUGAACAUCGGUAAAAUACACACAAAAUAAUUUUCCUGCCAAGUGACAUAAAAAUGCCUGUUAAACCUGUUGGAGAGAAAAUCCACUCAUGUUUUGUUUACAUUCUGUCAUCCGGUACACAUGCAAUUGGUUGACCUAAAGGGCGGGAAAGCAGUGUCAUAGUACAUUAGAGUAGAACACUAUCCCGCGACUCUUUUUCCAGCUAACCAACACAGUAGAGCGAAUAACAGUCACAAUUUUGAUGAGCCAAUAUGUAUAUAGAAAGAGCUGAAAAUGAUUACGGGUCUCACACGGCCCUCGCUCCUGCUCAAGAAAAUUAUUACUCGACGAUCAGAAAAGGGAAAGAUUUUCUGAAUAUUACGGCCCUCACGAUGAGUAGCAGCAGUCUGUAUGGCCCUGCCGACAACAGCAAGUCCAGGGCGGAGGAUUUCCGCUUGGAACCGAUGUACAUCGACGUGCUUGAGAGAUCCACUCCCAAGAAGUCUUCACGCAAGAUUAAAUGCUUUGUUGCAUGGAUGAUAAUGUUAACAUUGAUGUCACUAGCCUCAAUGGCGUUCACAGGAUUUAUCUUUUACAAUUCUAUUAUAAGCAAUGGCAAAGCCAGGCCGCAUGACGAAAGUUCAAAGACACACACGAACGGUGAAACGUUUCCGGCCGGAGUUAAACCCUCAAGAAGUCCACUACAAGAUGAAGUCAUGGACAAAAUCAGUCUACUGUCUCGAAAUGUGACGUUUCUACUAAAGAAGCUGGAAACCAUCAGCAAAAUACCGGGACCGAUAGGCCCACAAGGAUCCACUGGACCUCAAGGUCCUCGAGGCUUCAAUGGCACUAAUGGUAGGAACGGAGCACGUGGUGUACCCGGGUCACCUGGACUUCCGGGAAAACCAGGAUCCAACGGAACUCGGGGUUUUAACGGAACAAGAGGUCCACAAGGCUCCCCAGGUGUUUCAGGUUUGCCAGGUCCAAGGGGGGAUGGAAACCUCAGCUCUUGUGUUCAUAAGAAGAAAGAGGUAAAUGGGUCGCCUGGAAACCACUCUAUUUAUGACGUGGACGCAAGGGACGUAGUGGGGAAGAAAAUUAUCAGUGCCGUUUGUUCAUCAAACGAUGCCCUCAACUAUGUUCUUUCAAGCAAUGAGAUAAGCGAAGGAUACUUUUACCAAUGCAGAUGCACAGGAUCACGAAACACUGGUGUGAAAAUAAUGACAUGCCGAAUUGAUUACUGGAUAUGUGACCUUUGAUGUUUUACCAUAUACGUAAUUAUUAGCUGGACAAAAUAAUGACUUGAAAUACGCUUUUUUUUCUUCUAAAAAUUUGCUUCAUCUAGGAUCAGGUAAUAAUAAUUUAAAGCUGCUUUGUUUCACUAGUCAAAAUCCAUGACAUGCAUGCACAAAGAUGCUGGUUAGUAGAAGUAUUUCUUUUCUGAACGAAGCCCAAACCUCUAGGUAGAUUCAAUGAUCAUCGAUUGCAUCUUGUUGACUAAAAAAAUCAUUUUCCUGAGCUAAGAGGAUGGGACUUUUUUCAACAAAAUAUCGGUAAACUUCACUUUUUUUAAGAGUGUUAGAACGUUUCUUUCGCGUCUUUCAAAAAUCGCUCACAAACUUAACUUAUCUUGAUAAACGAAAGUUUUCUCUUUGAGAGAGUUUGUCUAAAGGACAUGUUUAUGACCAAUGCGUCCUAACUUCACUGGACGCAAUUAAAGGGCCUAAACAAGAAAAUCCUUAACAGUUCAGCACGAGCAAUGUUAUCACUUAAGGUAUUUCAAACCGUCAGUUCGACAAAAUAACAAUUUGAUUAUUGUACAAAUAUUGGUUUUAAAAUUACAAGUAGCAUGUUAAGAAUAAUUAUGUUAGGUAGGUAGUGUUAUUACACUUCAAAAUCACAGCUGUAUAUAAAAAAAAGAAAAUUUUUUUGUUAGCACUAUAUCGCGGGAAAAAUUGGAUUCUCCAAUCCCUUCACAUAGCAUGAGAGUGGACAUGAAAAAAAAAAUGUUUGCUGUUUUUACAGCAGGUUAAUAUUUGUAUAUAAAACAUAUUUGUUCAGCUUACAACCGGUUGCGAAAGGCAAUUGAAUUACUGAUAUUUGCUCCCCUGCGUACUUUGUAAAUUAAAAUGCCAGGUUGCCUUCUUCGAUUAGAACUUUUGAUACAGUCGACUCUGUAGUAUAACCGACCUCUAAAAUUCUUUAGGCACUUACACGUAUAACCUAAAUAAGCAACUGGAUUCUCUGAGAUACGAACAUCUAUAGAUUUGCAAUUAGAUUAGAACUCUGAAUUACAUGUAUUUGAAAAUUGCACAACUAAAUUUGGUUAAUGAAACCAAAUGGGUUAAGGAUUUAUUUAUCGAAUAAUUUUAUAAUCAUGCUUUAGUGCACUAUGAAAAUUAAUGUAAAUAAAGUAUAGAUCUGUUCUUAGGAGUUUUUAAAACUGUCAAUCGUGCAUUUUGCUAAAUGUAAAUAUUCAUUUCUU